AUGUUAAUCGCGUUGCUGGUUGCAUUCUCAUCCUCGUUGUGUUUAGUUGCGGCUGACUUUAAGUUAAGCGACUCCAAACUGCUACUGCCUUAUUACAGUUUCAAUGCUGUCAAUUAUACACUCCACGGAUCUGAUGGUGCAUGUUACGAUUGGAGUUCAGCAACACCAGAAGUAGCUACCGUAGCGCCCAUAUACGAAUCGGAUUCUGAAUGCAGCAAGUCGGCGUUUGUUACUGCUGUUUGGCAGUCCCCCCAUCGAGCCGUAACCACAAUCCACGCCCGUGUUUCAACCACUGGACACAUUGUCAAGUGCGACGUAAUCGUUGACAACAUUCAUAGAAUCGAGAUAGAAACAAUAACACAAGAGCUUUAUUUGCACAAUACUCCAGAGUCCCUCGUUGCUGUGGGAUAUGAUGAGUUCGGAAAUACUUUCUCCACGCUUGAUGGAGUUCCAUUUGAAUGGCAGAUACACGGGGAUAGCUACAGCGGUGCGGGUGAUGGACACAGUGUUCUCAGAUUCUUGACAUGGACAGAGUCAGAGUAUGCUACUCCACCAGGUAUUGCGAAACUCGAAGAAAGAGGAUUGCAGGGCUCCAUGCAACUUGUGAGUGGUCUGCGUACCGGAUCAGCGGUGGUUGGUGUUUCUCUCUCGGAACCUAUUUACAGUGGAGUUAAGUCAUCACAAGUUCGCCUUUUGGUCAUGGCAAACGCUCAGUUAAGUCCUGCUCUCGCCUAUCUGUUACCUGGCUCUCGAAUCCGACUUCGCGUCCGCGUGAUUCAACAGGGUAGUGAUCAAGAUGUUGAAGAGGCUCUGGAGAAUCUUCGGUCCGUACUGAACACGGCGGCGUCAAGCGAGACCGAUCUUAAACUACCACGACGUCGAUUACCCACUUCAUUAAUUCAUAUAGUUGAACCAGCUUAUUUUGGAUUUUCUCUGGUUAGACUGUCAUCCAGUGACUUGGAUCUUUGCAAGCAAGCUUUUUCAAUCUCUAACAAUGGGACAGGCGCGAAAUUAACUUCGGUGGAUUCAGGGAAAUCAGGGAGGGACUGGAUAAUGGAAGUUGGGAAACGUUAUGCCUUUGUGAUUGACCUCUACGACCAGAACAGUCAUCGUAUUUAUCCCACGGACAAUAUCCGUGUUUCACUUCGAUUUCCUGAGAACAAAAUGGAGGUGGUCGAAUCCUCAGAAAACGGAACAUAUCAUAUUCUGAGACCUAUUGACCACGGUCCGAUUUCACUAGAGGCUCGUCUACACCAUGUAAUAGAUAAGAAUAACGGUGUCAUGCAGGUGGAUACCCCAGUCACAGGCUCCCAAGAAAUCAUGAUUUAUCCGCCAGUACGUAUCCAACCGUCAGAAGUAAUUCUCCCUUGGCCUGGGGUUACGGACAACUCAAAACCCUUGGACUCAGAUGAUGGCUUUCAACUUCAAGCAACCGGAGGAAGCGGUCACAUCACAUGGGUUGCAUUACCUGGCCAAAUCAACCUACCCGUGGACUCUACCACGAAAAAUAUUCAGUCGAGACAGGUUGUCACGGUCACACCAAGUGGACAGGUAUCCGCCAAAGCGUUCGGCGAAGCUACUGUUGUAGCAUUCAGUUCCGCUCAUCCCCAGCUAUGUGGUGCUGUCAAAGUAGUGGUGACUUCCCCGUCUUCUAUUCGGUUCGUACCUGGACCAGCGGAAGUAGUAAUUCCCGAAGAUCCCCAUGGUGCAGCACGUGGUUUCACAAAUGAAUUAUCUUACUUUGAGGAAGACAGUAAUGCUAUUACCGAUGCAUCUGUUCUCACCGUUGGUAUUGCGGUUUUGGAUCCGUUAGGUCGUAGUAUGACUGACUGUCGUCGGCUACACAUCCCCGUUCGACCAUUAGACCGAUCUGUCUUGCGAGUGUUGCCAGGUCGUUUACCUCCAUUGCUUAAGGAUACUAUCAACGGCUCUUCGGGUCAAAUCGCAGCAUGUGUCCGACUUUUAGUCACUGGUUCUCAGAUCGGUUUCACAGAACUCGAAGCCAUGCUUGACCCGUCAGAAAGUCAGGCGUCCAACGCGACUGAUUCAGAAGAUGAAAAAUCCACUGGUGUUCUGACCAGCCGGUUCUCUGUAGCCGUCUAUCAACCCAUAAAAUUUUUAGAUCCCAUCUCAAGCAAAACUUAUGUGGCUACCGGAUCGACUCGAUCUAUGAUAUUUAGUCGAGGUCCACGUCCAUGGCCCCUUGAACCAACUGGCUAUUUCAGUCGGAUCGCACCUCUCGUGAAGGGAACAAAGCGAGUGGACGCUGACGGCACAUUUCCAGUUGUAAUCCAGAAACCAGAGCUUUGGAAACCUCUCAAUUCAGAUGAUUCUUCUGAAAUGAUGGGUGCACAACCGGACCCAGUUUCUUUAUUGGCAAGCGAGACCAAAUUGCGACCAAUGGCUUUUACGAUGCAAUGUGGCAAAGUUGGAGUUUAUGAAUUCGUGCUACAGAUCGGGAACGGACCCAGUUCCUUAAAUCCCAUCCCGCUGAUGAUGUCAGCUAAAUUUACUAUUGUAUGCGACCUGGCCGAAAGACUGCGACUAGUCUUAUACAGACCGAACGUCUUAUUGCCUCCUGGCAUUCCUGCUUGUCCUCUGCUAAAUACGUCUACGCCGGAGCCUUCAGAUGUGCUUGCUGUCCCGAAUACAAUCCCUCUAACCAUUGGUUUGGCAUUUUUCACUGCGGAGGGUAUUGAGUUAGAUGCAGUUGAUUCCCUCUCAACAUCUAUAUCCGUGAUGGAUCCAAAUUCGCCGCAGCUAUCCAGUCCUAGUGCCCUUGUAAUUGAACCCAAACCCACGGUAAAAAUAAUUCGAAGUUCUGCUUCAAGAUUACUUGGCCAACCUUCUCGUCCGUACUUUAUCCUAAAACCGCAUACGCUUGGUUCGUCCUCCGGCCUGUUAACGGUUCGCGCUGAGGCUCGUUCCGUGUUUCCCGCCUCGAAGUCUAGUGUAUCUCUUCCAACAUCCAGCCUCAAUAUUCGUCUUAGUCCUGUGGCGAAAUUGCUCCCUGGCGAACACUUGCGUCUUCUGCAUCACCCGAAGACCGAUAUGUCUUUUUCGGUGCUUGGCGGUUCUGGAUACUUCUUCGUAUCGACCAAUCCUGCCAAACCACCAUCCACUCAAUCGAGGCUCCGACUGAUUCCGGUCGAGAAUUUGAGAGCGGACUCAAGUGUUGCUAAUGGUGUUCCUGUACACAGCUAUCGUAUUCAAACGGAACGAGUUGGACAAGCGGAAAUUCGUGUGGUAGAUCGUUGUUUUCCAUCUCUGAAAUCCAACCCGACACGGAUGGAACCAGUCGUUCUCACACUAAACUUGGAAGUUGUCGGUCUAGCCGCAUUGCGUUUGCAGGCAGCUGAUCAGAUCCCACUGGGGAGCCAGACUCCCGUCAUACUUCAAGCAGUGGACUCUCGUGGUGAACAGUUGCCGCUCAGUUUGACGCGGUUCCUGGAUGUGCGCGUCCAUCAAUCCAGUGAAUUUUCAGGCAGCGAAAAGACUCAGCCAGUCCUGGGUUUGCCGGAUGGCGACUCGUUAACCAGUUCUCAUUGGAUUAGUUCAUCUGAUUUCGCUUCUGGACCGAGCCAUAUGCGUUUUAAUGUUCGUGGGUUAAAGUUGGGCUCGGCUACUCUAAUCGCGUCCACGGAAUCAUUCUUCCAAGAUUCACUGAAACCUUCUACUGUACAAAGCAAUCCUAUUGAUAUGCAGGUAUUUGCUCCUCUCUCUUUGAUGCCGUGCAAAUUCAAUCUUCUCGUUGGUGCCGAGUACGAGCUUCGAGCCGUUGGUGGGCCACAACCAGCUCUGGUCGAUUUCACCGUGAAUGAGGAAUCUGAUGGUACCAAACGUGUCUCAGUAAUCCGCGUGACCAAAAAUAGCGUUCUAAUUCGGGCUGGUGCAACCCCAGGUUCAACAACUAUUCGUGCCAGAGCGGUCAGUGUGUCUUCGCGAACCAACGUCUCUGGAUGGGACUCAGAUUUUUUGGAUACUAGUAUCGCCUCAGAAGUAAGAUGUACUUCUAUCCGUUGCUGUUUUCCAGCAUCUUUCAGAGCUCAUCCAAAUGAUUCGUAA